UCUGAUGAUGGCAGCGACUUCCGGGAGUAGGACUCCAGAUCUUCUACGUCCAACCGAUUGCAGAUGUUCUCGAUCAAUCGCCCACGCAAUUCUCGCUUCUCAUUCUCUGUCUGUCGGUGCAAUUUGGAGGUAGUUGAGUCCAGACGUUUAUGGAGGGACUGCCGACGGAUCUAUGCCUGAAGAUAUUCCAAUGGUUGGAUCAUCAAAAUCUCGCAGCUGCUCAACUAGUGUGCAGGAAAUGGCGAGCCUUAGCGUCGGAUGACGCCUUAUGGUCGGAUCUAUUCAAAGAAAGAUGGGGAAUCGAUCGGGCCACAUUUUAUGCGCCCUUAGAUUCAAAGUCUUGGAAGGAUGUCUACAUUGUUCAAGAUCGCUGUGAUCGUGUUGGGCUGGGCUUGAAGAUAAUCAGAGAAGGAGAUGAGUAUUUCCUAGUUCAUCAGGGUGAAAUUCAACGGCAUUUGGGCUCAAGACGAGCAGAAUCGCAACCAUUCGACUCGGUUGACUGUCCAAGCCUGUUGGACAAGAUCUUGUUCUUCGUCGGGGACAUGGAAUCCGCUUCUAUACAAGCGAAACGAAGCGGAUUUCUGUAAAUAUGCAUAUAUCUAUGUUAAUCUACACUUAGCCAAUCUGUUGUUUGUGUAUUGUGAGUGUGUAAUUCUAGAAAUAUUGCAGAGAACCUAUGUGACCUCUCUAGCUACAAUCAGAUAAAGAUUAUUUUGUUCAUAGUGAAAUAAUACUACCAUUCAUUUAAUUUCA